AUGGCGGACAAACCCGACAUGGGAGAGAUCGCCACCUUCGAAAAGGCCAAGCUGAAGAAGACGGAAAUGCAGCAGAACACCCUGCCAACUACAGAGACCAUCGAGCAGGAGAAACGGAGCAAGAUUUCGUAAGAGCCUGGGAGGAGUCCCCCACCCUCCCCGUGGUCUUCGAAGACCCCAAGGUGUGAUUUGGAAGAUGAGGCACCUGCAAGAUGGAUGCGAGCCACAAGCUGCACUGUGAACCCGG